UCACAUUUGAUUGCUGUGCGCGUACCCUGUAGGGUAGACGCGACUAGCACCUAUCAAACGUAAUCUUGUCACACACAGCCAGCCUCGACGCUGCACCGCCUAUACUUUGCUAUCCUACAUACACUGCAUAGGGCUAUUUUGUGUCUCACGUGGAUGGACCUCGACACAAAGCACUCUCUCAGCCUAUACCUACAUACCUACCAGCUUGGAGCAUUUCCGUCUAGCGCCCCUAGUUUGGAUUCAGUCUAUGCUGUUUUUCGACCUUUAAGCGAGCCUAUAGUUGAAAUGGGCAAAACGAAAGGAUUUUUCUUCCAGGUGUACAAAAGACAACAAAAAACAUACAACAGCGGGGAUUCGCUAGUGGUCACCCACCUAACUACUAAUCCGCCGGUAUCCUGCUUAAGUACCGCUGAGCGAACGGGAAGCGCUGAAUUCAAGAUCCUAUGGUCGUAUGUGGAAGAGUAGAAAAGACUAGGACCUAUAAUCUGCUGUAUGCUUGGAGCACGCAUUAGCUGAAGAAACUGUCACACGAUUCUCUCGCUGAAUUGAUCUAUUCUAGCGAUCAUUCUCAGCAGGUGAACGGCUUGCGGGAUUAUUGUCUAUCAAUAGCAAGUCCAGUCUCACUACGGCUCUGACCGGACAAAUACCCCAUGUCAAGAUAAUAUUGAACCUAGUUAGAUCCAUAAACCAAGUCGAAUUCAUGCAUUCUGGUGCAAGCCCAUCAU